UGCUGUUUGAGUCAGUCUGGUCAGCUACUGCGUCCCGAGUGCUAAGACGUACUAACAGUGUACGGCUAGCAAACAUUCACUUUCUUUAGAAAAGGAUAAGCUCUUCUUGGACAAAAGUUUUAGCAAAUCUUAGAAUACAAGGUGUCCGUGGUAAAAUGAAGAGGCGGAUACACUGUGGUUUUGUGCUGGUUUAUUCGCUAGUCUCGUAUUUCUAUUCGUGCUCGGCGUUUUAUCUUCCGGGUUUAGCCCCAGUGAGUUUUUGUGCAAAAGACAAAGGCGGUGAAGAUUGUCAGACAGUGAUUCAGCUGUUUGUCAAUCGCCUUGACUCAGUAGAGUCAGUCCUGCCUUACGAGUAUGAUAUGUUCGACUUUUGCAAAGACGAAAUUGAAACGAGGCCUUCUGAGAACCUAGGACAGGUGCUGUUUGGUGAACGAAUUGAGUCUUCUCCCUACAAGGUCAACUUUCAAGAAGAUGUUAAAUGUAAGAGUUUGUGCACCAAGUCUUACAAAAAGGGGAGCAAAGAGGAUGCAACCAAACUGGAUUUCCUCAAGAUGGGAAUGCAGUUGAAUUACCAGCACCACUGGAUAAUUGACAACAUGCCGGUGACAUGGUGCUAUGAAGUUGAAGAUGAUCAGAAGUACUGCAACCCGGGCUUCCCUGUUGGCUGCCUUGUGAACCAAGAUGGAAAACCUAAAGAUGCUUGCGUUAUCAAUGUGAGGACCUGA